AUCAGUUUACCAUGGCGAAAAUGGCACCAAGUAAGACUCUGCUGUUGUUAGUAGUGAUUCUUUUCUUGGUGGCUUGUGUUCUAGAGGUACAUGAGGUGCAAGGUACGAGUCUCACGAACAGAGAUCAAGGACAGAAUCAGACGGAAAUGAUGGAACUUUUGGAGAAAUUGCAAGCAAGGUGCCCCUGGCAUGACUGGUAGACCAGGAAAUACUGGACAGCAAGGACUGCUUGGACCAAAAGGUGAUCGUGGACCAGGAGGGGUACAGUACGUACGAUGGGGAAGAACCACAUGUCCUUCGAGUAUUUUAGUUGUUUAUCAAGGUCGUAUUGGAGGAGGACACGUUAGUAACCAUGGUGGGGGUGCUGAUUAUGUUUGUCUUCCUGAGAAUCCUAAAUACAGAAGUUACCAGGACGGUGUUCAAGGAGGUGCAAAAAUGUAUGGUGCAGAAUACGAGUUGCAUACCAACCCAUUCACAAGGAACCUUCAUAAUCACGAGGCCCCGUGUGCUGUAUGUUACGUUACAGCACGAAGUGWCAAGAUGAUGAUCCCUGCGACAUACGAGUGUCCCGAGGGAUGGUCACGAGAGUACCAUGGAUACCUGAUGUCACAACCUUCUGGGUACCAUCAUACAUCAAACUUUAUUUGCGUUGAUCAGCAUGCAGAAGCAGUUCCAGGGACAAGUGCUGAUCGAGAUGGUGCUCAAUUGCAUCUGGUGGAAGGUGUAUGUGGUUCUCUACCUUGUCAUCCAUAUGUUGAGGGAAGAGAACUGACAUGCGCAGUGUGUACCAAGUAAAAGAAGUUUUUUAAUGCUAUCCAAGAAAGAAAGAUCAAAAGAAAGAGUACAAGAGAUAAAAUAUGGACUUAAAUUAGACAUUUUCAUYCCAUUAUUAUUAAAAAGACCUCUUUCAAGGGAAGAAUUCAUCUUCAGAAAAAGCGUUAAUCAGAAUUUUUUCAGUACUUGUAAUCGGACAAUUUUUAGUAACUUGUAAAUUAAAAGUUCUUGCAGCUCACAG